CCACCGGCUCCGCGCGCCGCCGCCACCCGCGACCCGCGGCCCCGUGCUGACCCCAGCCCCGGGGGCGCUCCCCAGCCAUGUCGUUUCGGAAAGUGGUGCGGCAGAGCAAAUUCCGGCACGUUUUCGGGCAGCCGGUGAAGACGGAACAAUGCUACGAUGACAUCCGCGUGUCCCGGGUCACUUGGGACAGCACCUUCUGCGCCGUCAACCCUUCCUUCGUCGCCAUCAUCGUCGAGGCCAGCGGCGGCGGCGCCUUCCUCGUCCUGCCCCUGCACAAGACCGGCCGCAUCGAUAAGUCGUACCCCACGGUGUGCGGGCACACGGGUCCCGUCCUCGACAUCGACUGGUGUCCCCACAAUGACCACGUCAUCGCCAGCGGCUCGGAGGAUUGCACCGUCAUGGUUUGGCAAAUCCCCGAAAACGGGCUCAGCCAGCCGCUGACGGAGCCGGUGGUGGUGCUGGAGGGACACUCGAAACGUGUGGGCAUCAUUGCGUGGCACCCCACCGCCCGCAACGUCCUGCUCAGCGCCGGCUGUGACAACGUGGUGCUGAUCUGGAACGUGGGGACGGCGGAGGAGCUGUACCGCCUGGAGGGGCUGCACCCCGACCUCAUCUACAGCGUCAGCUGGAGCCGCGACGGUGCCCGCUUCUGCACCGCCUGCAAGGACAAGAGUGUCCGCGUCAUCGACCCCCGCCGUGGCACCGUGGUGGCCGAGAAAGAGCGGGCGCACGAAGGGGCUCGACCCAUGCGGGCCAUUUUUUUGGCCGACGGCAAGAUCUUCACCACCGGUUUCAGCCGCAUGAGCGAGCGGCAACUGGCGCUGUGGGACACGGUGAGGAGCAGCACCCCGGGGUGGGGGGGGUGCGUGGCAGGGGGGGGUGUCCCACGGGACCGUGCUGGGGUUAGGGGGGGUGAGUCCCACGGGGCUGACACGCCUGCCCCACAGGACAACCUGGAGGAGCCCAUGGGGCUGCAGGAGCUGGACUCCAGCAACGGGGCUCUGCUGCCGUUUUACGACCCCGACACCAACGUGGUCUACGUCUGCGGCAAGGGCGACUCGAGCAUCCGGUACUUUGAGAUCACAGAGGAACCACCCUACAUCCAUUUUCUCAACACCUUCACCAGUAAGGAGCCCCAGCGGGGCAUGGGCUGGAUGCCCAAGCGUGGGCUGGACGUCAGCAAGUGUGAGAUCGCCAGGUUCUACAAGCUGCACGAGCGCAAGUGUGAGCCCAUCAUCAUGACGGUGCCAAGGAAGUCGGACCUGUUCCAGGACGACCUGUACCCCGACACGGCGGGCCCCGAGGCAGCGAUGGAGGCGGAGGAGUGGGUGGCGGGGCGGACGGCGGGGCCGGUGCUGGUGUCCCUCCGCCAGGCCUACGUCCCCAGCAAGCAGCGGGACCUCAAGGUGAGCCGCCGCAGCCUCCUGCACGACAGCCGCCCCCCCGCCACCGCCCCCCCGGCCGCCGCCACGCCGCCCCCCACGCCCCCCGCCGCGCCCGCGCCCACACGCCUCAGUGCCCCCCCCAGCCUGGGCACCGGCCCCUCUGCUCCCACGGGGGGCGGGCGGCUGGAGGAGGUGCUGCAGGAGGUGGCGGCGCUGCGGGUGCUGGUGGCGGAGCAGGGCCAGCGCAUCGCCCGGCUGGAGGAGCAGCUCAGCCGCCUCGAGAACGGACACGUCUAGGGACCCACCGGCCCCCCCCUCAGGGACCACUGCGGCUGGGGACACCCCCUCAAACCUCACACCCCGCCCCCCCCCCCCCCCCGAACAUCCUCCCAUGGGGUCCUCCCAUUGGAGGGCUGUCCGCCCCUCUGGCAGCUUCCCCCCCACCCCCAUUGCCUUACUGGGUGCUGCCCCCCCCCUCAAAAAAUCACGGACCAUUCCCUCCCCAUGUCCUCGGGCUGGGGGCUCCUCCUGGGAUCAAACACUACCCCCUGCACCCCCUAAACCUGGCCCCAGGCGGGGUGGGGUCUUCCCCUCCUUCCUGUGGGGCAGGGUGCGAUCUGCCCCCCCCCCCCCCCCCCCAACUGUGGAAUAUUGACCCCCUUAUAUUUUGGGGGCUUCUUCCUCCUUUCCUCCUUGUCCCUCCUCCCCUUACAGUGCAGGGUCAAAAACUAUAUUUUCACUCCAAAUAAAGAACUUUAUAAGAAAA